GCGAACGUCUGAGACACUGGUACGAGCGUACGGUCCACGCCAUAAAGAUUUGCUGUUUUGAAAGUGUCCGUCAAAGGUGUCUUUUUGUGUGAUCUUUCUAGUGAUCGGUCGGAGAAGUACAUAUUUCGAAGAAGUUUUUACAGCACAAUUCAUUCCAACAACUCGUUGCCACCAUGUACGAACGUCAGGAAUCGCAAGGGCCCACGCUCAAGGAAGGUGGCUCGUACAUUAUGGAAGGACAUGAAUCGGCCGAAGCGAAGAACGUGUGCAUCAUAUUCUCACCGGAGCAGGAGGAAGCCGGCGCGCUGGCUAAGAUGCUGAAGAUCUUCGACGAUCAUCGGGUUAAUCUGCUGCACAUCGAGUCGCGCUCGUCGACCCGUGGUCCCGGUUAUGAGUUCAUGGUGGAGUGUGACGGUAAGGGCGGUACUCUGGGGACAGCCAUCGAAGCCAUCCGUGAGCGCAGCAACUACUUCAACAUCAUCUCACGGGACUACAAGGAUAAUGAAGCAACGGUUCCGUGGUUCCCGAGGCGUAUCCGUGAUCUUGAUCGGUUUGCGAACCAGAUCCUUUCGUACGGUGCCGAGCUCGAUUCGGAUCAUCCCGGUUUUACCGAUCCGACUUACCGGGAACGGCGCAAGUACUUUGCCGACAUUGCGUUCAACUACAAGCACGGUCAACCGCUACCGCAUGUCGAUUAUACGGAGGCUGAGAUCAAUACCUGGCGUACGGUGUUCAAUAAUCUGACUAAACUCUACCCAACGCAUGCCUGUCGCGAACACAAUCACGUGUUUCCGUUGCUGAUCGAGAACUGUGGUUACCGUGAGGAUAACAUCCCGCAGCUGGAGGAUGUCUCGAACUUCCUGAAGGAUUGUACGGGCUUUACGUUGCGACCGGUUGCGGGGUUGCUGUCGUCCCGUGACUUCCUCGCCGGGCUUGCCUUCCGGGUGUUUCAUUCGACGCAGUACAUCCGUCAUCCGAGCAAACCACUCUACACACCGGAACCGGACGUGUGCCAUGAGCUGCUGGGCCAUGCACCCCUCUUUGCGGAUCCUUCCUUUGCGCAGUUCUCGCAGGAGAUCGGUUUAGCAUCGCUCGGUGCUCCGGAUGAGUACGUCGAGAAGCUGGCCACGUGCUUCUGGUUUACGGUCGAAUAUGGAAUGUGUCGCCAAAAUGGAGCCCUGAAGGCGUACGGUGCGGGGUUGCUGUCCUCGUUCGGGGAGCUGCAGUACUGUCUCACCGAUAAGCCGGAGCUGCGCGAGUUCGAUCCGGCCAAAACAUCCGAACAAAAGUAUCCGAUCACCGAGUACCAACCGGUGUACUUCGUGUCCGACAGCUUCGAAGAUGCAAUCCAGAAGAUGAUCAACUACGCCAACACGAUCCCGCGCCCGUUCGGUGUCCGGUACGAUCCAUACACGCAGAGCAUCGAGAUCCUCGACUCCGUGCCGCAGAUCAGCAACCUGAUGCGCAACAUUCACAACGAGUUCGAGGUACUCCAGAACGCAUUCAAGAAGCUCUAGGGGAUGUGUAUGUGUGUGCUGAGUGCGCGAAAUAGGUGCUAUAGAUUUAGGUUUAACGAAACAUUUAACUACUAGAGGUUAUAGUUUUAAGAGGCUCUACAAGCUGCUCUGUUAUUGUGUCGAGUUUUUUUUUAUUCUUUGUUUGUUUAACAGCAGCGCCCAACAAGUGCAAAAUAAAGCUCAUUGCUCUCUCUAUGUACGACAA